AUGGCGACAAAUACGAAUGAGUUUCUUUCAAAUUACAUUGACGAAGAUUUUCAGUCAUCGCUACUGCCUUUACAAAUUUUGGAAACUAUAUUCCUUCACUCUAUGUACAGAGUUAAAAAUAACUUUAUUUACAAUAACAGCCUUUUAUAUUAUUGGAAUGAACGUUUGGAGUACUUGAGAAGCCACGAAGAUGAUAUUGGCAAGAGGGAUAGGGGAUGUCACGUUUACGAAUCAAUGUUCGUUAGUUACUUGGAUAUUUUGAGGGCGUACGAUUAUUAUAAGAAGAUAUUUCAAAUGCCGGUAAUAUUCAUGUACUUUAUUGAAAUCGAAAAGACAAUUCAAGUUGUUGUAUCCAUCUGGAUGCUGAAGAACCUAAUGAAUAUUAUUGUGCUUGUCAAAUCAUGUGAAGAAUUUUACAAAAAUAUCUUGAGUAUUGAUCAGGAAUGUACCUAUCGUAUGUCUAGUGAAAUCCCCGUUGGAGAGUCAAAACUAUACAAGAACAUAGUAAGAACUAACAAAGCGUCGUUCAGGAAGUACAUCCUAUACGGCCUCUUUACGUUAGACGCGACUUUACCCGUGGGUUUGGUCCAAACUGUUACCACUUAUGUUAUAGUGUUGUUACAAUUUGCAUUAAAUGAUCCAAAAUAA